UCAGUGGAAUAGUACCUCGAAAAUGUCUGGAUCACUUUAUCUAAUCAAUUCCAUCAGGAAAAACGUAAACAGACUACUAAAUCGGUCGUUAAUUCAAGUUGCUUUAUAUGAGACCUAUGUAACUUUGUAAGCUUCGCAUUACGCAGUCUUAAGGAACCGUAGUGCUUCCGUUCUGUAGGGAACCGUAGUUCAGCUUUACCUUAAAGUCAGUAGGUACCGCAGUGCAAUCCAGAGAUUGGUUUGUGCACUCGCGUCUAUUUCAAUUAACUGCUAAGCUUUUAUGAUGCUGUGGAUAAUAUUAUCAAUCACGCUAGCAGUUCUAGCAUGGUUUCGAUUUUUGAAACCCAUGAAUCAUUUCACCAAAUUGGGAGUAAAGCAGUCGAAACCGUGGCCCAUUGUUGGAGACCAAUGGACACACAUGUUUCAAAAAAUGAGCCUCUUAGAAAGUAUUGAAUUCUACUACAAUAUGUUUCCAGGUACUCGCUAUUCUGGCAUUUAUCAGUUCCACAUACCCACUCUAAUUAUUAAGGAUCCCGAGUUACUUAAACAGUUAACUGUCAGAGAUUUCGACCACUUUACUGAUCAUCGAACAUUAGUAGAUGCUGAUGUGGAUCCGUUAUGGGCUGGAAACUUAUUCGCUUUGACAGGUCGGAAAUGGAAAGAUAUGAGAGCUACUUUGAGCGGUUCAUUUACGAGCAGCAAAAUAAAGAAAAUGUUCCAUUUCAUAAAUGGGACUGCUGAAAAUUUUGUUGCGUUUUUUUUAAACAAAAAUGAAAAACUUAUUGAAGUAGAAAUGAGGGAUACGUUUUCGAGAUUUGCAAACGAUAUAAUUGCCACAACAGCUUUUGGAAUCGAAGUAGAUUCGCUCAAAAGUCCAAGCAACCCUUUCCAUUUAAUGGGAAAGCGAAUCACAGAUUAUGCUCCUCUGCUUAAACGUUUGCGAUUUUUCGCAAUUCUGAUAAUGCCGAAACUGACCAAGUUUUUCAAUAUUGGUCUAUUCGACAAAGAACUAUCAUCCUUUUUCUAUAAAAGUAUUAAAGAAACUAUUCAAGUUCGAGAAGAAAAAGGAAUCGUUAGACGGGACAUGUUGAAUACAUUAUUAGAAGCAAGAAAAGGAAUUCAACAUGAAUAUUCUGAUGCUAUAGAAACAGGUUUUGCUACUGUCAAAGAAUCUGCACAUUCCGGUCAAGGGAUAGAUUUUGCUAAUUUAACAGAUGCUGAUUUAGCUGCUCAAGCAAUGGUUUUCUAUUUAGCUGGAUUUGAUACUAUUUCAAAUGCUAUGUGUUUUGGUUCAUAUGAACUGGCAGUUAACAAAGAAAUACAGAAUAAAUUAAGAAGUGAAAUUGUUGAAACCCACAGGUUAAAUGGUGGCAAAGUAACAUAUGACUCUUUGCUGAAGAUGAAGUAUAUGGAUAAGGUGAUUUCCGAGAUUUUGCGAAAGUGGCCGCCUGCAGGAGUAGUCGACAGAGUUGCUACUAAACCGUACACUAUUGAACCAGUAAACGCGGAUGAAAAACCAGUUAAUUUAAGAAUUGGGGAUGUAUUUUGGAUUCCAAUAUUUGGAAUUCACAGAGAUCCAAAAAAUUUUGAAAACCCCACAAACUUCGACCCGGAAAGAUUUUCAGAUGCGAAUAAAAGAAAUAUCAAACCUUACACAUAUGUGCCUUUCGGUGCAGGUCCUAGAAACUGUAUUGGAUCAAGAUUUGCGCUUCUAGAAAUGAAGUCUUUAUUUUAUAACUUGCUGUUAAACUUUGAAAUAGAACCAACUAAAACAACCACAGUUCCUAUUAAAUUAUCUGCCAAAUCAUUUAAUCCUGCACCAGAAGGUGGUAUCUGGUUGGGACUAAAACGGCUUACAAGCACUCCAUUUACGAUGUUGUGGUUAAUAUUAUUAAUCACGUUAGCAGUGCUAAUGUGGUUUCUAUUUUUAAAACCCAUGAACCACUUUACCAGAAUGGGAGUAAAGCAAUCGACACCCUGGCCCAUUGUCGGAGACCUAUGGACAAAUAUAUUUUGGCAAAUGAGCCUCUUAGAAAGUAUUGAAUUCUCCUACAAUAUGUUUCCAGGUGUCCGCUAUUCUGGCUUUUAUCAGUUUAGUAUACCUACUCUAAUUAUUAAAGAUCCCGAGUUACUUAAACAGUUAACUAUCAGAGAUUUCGACCACUUUACUGAUCAUCGAACAUUAAUAGAUGCUGACGUGGAUCCAUUAUGGGCUGGACACUUGUUUGCCUUGACAGGUCGGAAAUGGAAAGAUAUGAGAGCUACUCUGAGCGGUUCAUUUUCGAGCAGCAAAAUAAAGAAUUUGUUCAAUCUCAUGAAUGGUGCUGCUGAAAAUUUUGUUACAUUUUUUUUAAACAAAAAUGAAAAACUGAUUGAAGUGGAAAUGAGGGAUACGUUUUCGAGAUUUGCAAACGAUAUAAUUGCCACAACAGCUUUUGGGAUCGAAGUAGAUUCGCUCAAAAGUCCAAACAACCCUUUCCAUUUAUUGGGAAAGCGCAUCACAGAUUAUUCUUCUCUAGUCAAACGUUUGCGAUUUUUCGCAAUUCUGAUAAUGCCGAAGCUGACCAAGUUGUUGAACAUUGGUCUUUUUGAGAAGGAACUAUCUUCGUUUUUCUAUAAAACUGUUAAAGAGACCAUUCAAGCUCGAGAAGAACAAGGAAUCGUUAGACAGGACAUGUUAAAUGUAUUAUUAGAAGCAAGAAAAGGAAUUCAACAUGAAUAUUCUGAUGCUAUAGAAACAGGUUUUGCUACUGUCAAAGAAUAUACACAUUCUGGUAAAGGGCCACAGUUCGCUAAUUUAACAGACGCUGAUUUAGCUGCUCAAGCAAUGGUUUUCUAUUUGGCUGGAUUUGAUACUAUUUCAAAUGCUAUGAGUUUUGGUUCAUAUGAACUGGCAAUUAACAAGGAAAUACAGAAUAAACUAAGAAGUGAAAUUGUUGAAACCCACAAGUUAAAUGAUGGCAAAAUAACAUAUGACUCGUUGCUGAAAAUGCAGUAUAUGGACAAGGUGAUAUCCGAGAUUUUACGAAAGUGGCCGCCUGCAGGAAUAAGCGACAGAGUUGCUACUAAACCGUACACUAUUGAACCAGUAAACGCCGAUGAAAAACCACUUAAUUUAAAAAUUGGGGAUGUAGUUUGGAUCCCAAUAUUUGGAUUUCAUAGAGAUCCAAAAAAUUUUGAAAACCCCACAAAAUUCGACCCGGAACGAUUUUCAGAUGAAAAUAAAAGCAAUAUCAAACCGUACACAUAUGUGCCUUUUGGUGCUGGUCCUAGAAACUGUAUUGGAUCAAGAUUUGCGCUUUUAGAAAUGAAAGCUUUAUUUUAUCACUUGCUGUUAAAUUUUGAAAUAGAACCAACUAAAUCUACUAGAGUUCCUUUGAAAUUAUCUGCCAAAUCAAUCACUCCUUCACCAGAAGGUGGUAUUUGGUUGGGACUGAAACGAACUACAAGAAACAUGCUUUGGUUAUUAUUUAUAUCGGUAGCGGUACUUUUAAUAUCCUACCAUUAUGUGAAAUAUAUGCAUAUAUUCAACAGAAAGGGCGUAAAGCAAACAAUACCAUGGCCACUUUUUGGAGAUCAAUGGCGCACAUUUUUUCGUCAAUUAAGUCGUUUAGAACUCAUCGAGUACAUUUAUAAUAUGUACCCAAACGAAAGAUAUUCCGGAUUUUAUCAGUUUUCAGUUCCUACUUUAAUGCUAAAAGAUCCAGAACUGAUAAAGCAAAUAACAGUAAAAGAUUUUGACCAUUUUACAGACCACAGAGCCGCUAUAGACCCAGAACUGGAACCUCUCUUUGCUCGCAAUCUGUUUACAUUGAAAGGGCCGAAAUGGAGGCAAAUGAGAUCAACUCUAAGUGGUUCAUUUACAAGUAGUAAAAUGAAAAAUAUGUUUUCUUUAAUGAACGAAGCAGCUGAACACUUCACAAAAUUCUUCUUAAAUCAAAAUAAAGAGACUAUUGAAAUUGAAAUGAAGGACACCUAUAGCAGGUUUACAAACGAUGUGAUAGCCACCACAGCAUUUGGGAUUAAAGUUGACUCGCUUGAGGAAACAGACAAUGUAUUUUAUUCUAUGGGAAAAGAUCUCACCAACUUCAAUAGUUUUACUGGAAAACUACGAAUUCUUGGUAUAAUGUUGGCGCCCAAAUUAUUCAAGGCAUUAAAAAUUGGCCUUUUUCCUACGAAAUUCAAAGAUUUUUUUACCAAUGUGAUAUACGAAACUAUUGAGACCAGGGAAAAGCAAGGUAUUGUAAGGCAAGAUAUGAUAAAUUUAUUAAUGGAAGCAAGAAAAGGCAUCGAAGAAAAGGAACUAGAAGUGCUUGACACAGGAUUUGCUACAGUUAAAGAAACUCCAGUUGAAUUAGCUAAGAAUAAACAAAUUCAAGAAUUGACAAAUCUGGAUAUUGCUGCUCAAGCCAUGAUUUUCUUUUUCGCUGGUUUCGAUGCCAUUUCCACUGUAAUGUGUUUUGGCACCUACGAGCUAGCCGUAAAUCAAGAUGUGCAAGAUAAACUCCGGAAGGAAAUUCUUGCAACUCACAAGGCCAAUAAUGGAAAACUCACAUACGAGAGUUUACUUAAAAUGAAGUAUAUGGAUAUGGUGGUGUCAGAAAUGCUGCGUAAAUGGCCAGCAGGACCCGGAAUAGACAGAGUUACUACCAAACCGUACACUAUUGAACCAGUAAGACCCGGCGAAGAACCUGUGCAUCUCACACCUGGAGAUGUGCUAUUUCUUCCAACCAUCGGCCUUCACCGGGAUCCAGCGUUUUACCCCAACCCUAUGAAAUUCGACCCAGAACGGUUCUCAGAUGAAAACAAAGGGAACAUCAUUCCUUAUACAUAUACGCCAUUUGGUGCUGGCCCACGGAACUGCAUAGGUUCACGGUUUGCUCUUUUAGAAAUUAAGGCUUUGUUUUAUCAUGUACUGUUAAAUUUCAAGAUAGAACCAACAGAAAAAACUCUAAUUCCCUUAGUAUUAUGUACCAAAUCGUUCAAUUCUCGAGCCAAAGGUGGGUUUUGGUACGCAUUCAAAAGAAUUAAUAAUGGGUUAGUCAGCGGUUAA